AUGGUGUUUGUAAAGUCGUGGGAAGAUUUCGAGAUUGCGGCGGAAAACAUGUACAUGGCGAAUCCGUGCCAGUGUCGGUUUACGAUGAAGUACACGCACCAACGAGGUGCUGUUUUGUUGAAGCUGACCGACAAUGCCAAGUGCAUACAGUACAAAACAGAGGUCUUGUCGGAACUGAGGCGAAUCGAAAAGUUCUCGGGUAAUCUGAUACAAAUGAUGGCAUCCAAGGAAUAA